UAGAAUGUGGUAAAUGGUAAAUGCUAUUAUUACUACACAACAAAGAUAGUUAGUCCGCGAUUUAUGUUCAUUUUGUACUUUCUAUUUUUCUGUUUUUUUUUUAUUUCGUCUAACACUAAUGCAGUAAAGUUACUGUCACCUGUCACUACGAUUAUAGAUAAACCUUAUCUAUGUUUGCAAAUAUAGCUAUUGUAGUAAUAACUAUUUACCAUUAUAAUAUUGUUCACCACUCCGACUACAACCACAUAAGGAAUAGACAAUACACAAUUGAGUAUAAUUCUUACUCUAUGGUAUAGACCGCGAUAUUGUGUGUGUAAUGAUAAAGACUAUAAAUUAUGUAUAGAGUAUAGACGAAAAAUAGAAAGGAAAAAUUAGGAUUACUUGCAAGUAUAAAAACAAAAUUAUUAAUAUUUCGUAUUUGCGUUUAAUUAUAUUUCUGUUUCCGCUUAAGUUAGUCAUUUUUAAAAAGAAAAUUGUCUAGUAAUUAUUAUUUGUAGUCGAAUUAAUUUCAAUUUUAAUGAGCAUGUCUCCUUUAAAAAGAGAAUACUUGCCACCACCGCUGUCGCCAAGUCCAGUUUUGGAUAUAAGCGACGAUGAGUUGGUCACAAUAUCUGUACGUGAUUUAAACCGUCAACUAAAGAUGCGUGGACUAACUAGAGAUCAGAUAGUACGUAUGAAACAGCGCAGACGGACAUUAAAAAAUCGUGGAUAUGCUGCUAGUUGCCGAAUCAAGAGAAUUGAACAAAAGGAUGAAUUAGAAACAGAGAAAUCUCAAGAAUAUCAAGAGCUAGACGAUCUGCAACAUUCAAAUAAUAUGAUUAGGUCUGAAGUUGAAAAUACAGUUAGACAAUAUGAAAUGCUAAAAAGAUUUGCUGCUACUAAUAAAGUAAUGUUACCUCUAGAACUUCAAUCAUUAUAAUUGAAGUAAUUUAUUACUUGUGUAUUAACGUGGGCCUAACAGUAUUCUUAUUUAAAAAUUAUUGUUCAGUAAAAUUAUAGAUAUGAAUUAUUUAUGUUUAGAACUUCAAUUGAUAUUAAUCAUUAUUUUUUAACUAGGUAUUUGGGAGUAUAUUAUAUUUUUAUGGUAUUUAUCAAUAUAUUAUUUUAAUAGAUAAAACAUAAAAUCUUGCAUUGUUUUUAAUAUUGAGUAUUGAAAUAGAUAUUUAUUUAAUCAAUAAAUGUUAAAUAUUAAGAAAACACAAAUUAUAGAAUAUUCUAAAAUGUAUUAUCUAAAUAUAUUUUUUCAAAUUUACAUAUACUAUGUUCCUUAAACUAUUUUGUAUACUAUUAGUAUGAUGUGUAAGAUUAUAUUUUUAAUCUUAAUUAGAUUUAUUUAUAUGGUUUAAUUACAAAGUGGUAAUAAAUAAUAAAUUAUUUUUCUUAAA